AUGAAUGAGUCUUUCCUUUCGGCGUUCAUCCCUAACCUUAGUUUUCAACUUGUUGCUCGCUUAUUUUCAUUUGUGCUUAAUAUUUAUCUAAUUCGAAUUGUGGAUCUCAGUUUAUUGGGAGUGGUUAACGUAAGCCUAUUUUUGUAUUACGGAACUAUAAUAUUUCUUGUGCGAGAACCAUUCAGACGAACAUUUCUUUCUAAUACAGUACCGUUUUCAUCAAUUCUUGGCCAUUGUUGGUUAUGUCCACUCCUCUACGUUGUUGUGGCUGUCCUCCUUUACCCGUUAUGGAUCUAUACAUCCUGGCCAUCAGUAGUAGGCUCUCCUACAAAAGCGCUGUUUCUCUUUGGUUUUUCUGCCUGGCUUGAAUCGUUUGCAGACCCGUUUGUUAUAAUCGCAUCGCUUUUUUAUCUUGUCGUUGCUUACUACUUUGCACGCCACUGUCUCUACGAAGGCCGUUAUGUUCUUGCUGGCGGGAUCUUUCCUCAGUUCCAUCUUAGUGUGUCGAAAAGGGAACUAAAAACUUUUUCAUCGUUUGUUUGGCAUUCGUUUGCUAAACAUUUUUCUACUGAAGGAGCAAAUUUCGUUCUUACGUUUGCAGCAAAUAUGUCUCAUGAAAAUCAAGCUGUCUACGAUGCAAUAGAUAAACUUGGAAGUUUGGUUGUGAGAAUAGUAUUAACUCCUUUGGACCAAGCAGCAGAAAUGUAUUUUGCACGUUAUUUGAAACGAGGUGAAAAUGUGAACAAACAAAACGAAAUUAAUGUUCGACGUGGGACAACUUGCCUUAUGGGACUGGUUCAUUUGGCUCUGCUUGUUGGAUUGACGGUUUGUACAUUUGCGGUCCCAUAUUCGUCGUUGGGAGUUUGGAUUUAUGGCGGAGAGAGAUUUGCUGAAAAAUCAGCUGCCAACAUUUUGAGGUUUUAUUGCGUUUACGUUUUGAUUAUUGCUGUUAACGGUGUUAUUGAAUGUUUUGCUACGUCGACAAUGGAUAAUAUUCAGACUGUAAAGCACGGAACAUUUUUAUCCAUAGCGUCCUUUGCACAGUUUGUUGUUUCUGCGUUUGCUUGUCGGCAUCUUGGUGCUUAUGGUAUUAUUCUUGGAAACUCACUGAAUGUGUUGAUUCGAAUUUUCUAUAAUUGGCGACGUAUUCAGGAGUAUCUCAACGGGAAGGUCUCAUUCACAGAAGUAUUACCAUCGUUUACAAUAUUCUUUUUGUUGUUAUUUGCCCUCGCCACAUCAUCGCUUUCCUUUUUGAUAUUUGGGCGAGAAAAAGGUAUAAUUCAUAACUCUGCUCAUCUUGCUGUUGGUGGAGCACUGUUCAUGUUUGUUGUCAAUUACGUUUACCAUAAUGAUGAAGCAUUAGCUGUUCUUUUACGUGAAUAUAGUCACGUUCAAAAAGACUAA